GGGUCCCCUUGGCGGAGCGUGGAGCUCGGGGCAGCGGAGCGCCGCAAGUGGUGGAGGAUGACCAAGAGGCCUCAAGGGACCUCCGCGCAGUAAUGCCAAUAUGAUGUUUCACUCAAAUCGAAUGUGGAGCUGCCAUUGGAAAUGGAAGCUGUGUCCCCUCCCUCACCUUCUCUUCUUCUUGGCCCUGUGUGUCAUUUGCGGUCCUCACUCAGUGCGAGGAUGUGCCAACUGCAGGGUCGUCCUGUCCAGCCCGUCUGGGACCUUUACUUCUCCGUGCUACCCCAACGACUACCCUAACAGCCAGGCUUGCAUGUGGACCCUGCGAGCCCCCACUGGCUACAUCAUUCAGAUAACGUUUAAUGACUUUGACAUUGAAGAAGCUCCCAAUUGCAUUUAUGACUCAUUAUCCCUUGAUAAUGGAGAGAGCCAGACUAAAUUUUGUGGAGCAACAGCCAAAGGACUAUCAUUUAACUCAAGUGCGAAUGAGAUGCAUGUGUCCUUUUCAAGUGACUUUAGCAUCCAGAAGAAAGGUUUCAAUGCCAGCUACAUCAGAGUUGCUGUGUCCUUAAGGAAUCAAAAAGUCAUUUUACCCCAGUCAGUAGAUGCUUACCAGGUAUCUGUUGCAAAGAGUGUCUCCAUUCCAGCGCUCAGUGCUUUCACGCUGUGCUUCGAAGCAGCCAAAGUUGGCAAUGAAGACAGUGACUGGGUGGCGUUCUCUUACUCGGAUGCAUCCCUCGAACCCUUGCUCACUUUUGGAAAGGCCAAUGGUGACUACUUCCUAAAUAUUUCUGGCUCAAAAUGCUGGCUGAAUAGCGCAUUACCUGUGAAAGAUAAAGAAGACAUUUUCACUGAAAGCUUUGAGCAGCUCUGCAUGGUUUGGAAUAAUUCUUUAGGCUCUGUCGGUGUCCAUUUCAAAAGAAUCUACGAAAUGGUCCCGUGUGAUUCUACCAUUAGUAAAGUCAUUCCUGGGAAUGGGAAAUUGUUGUUGGGCUCCAAUAAAAAUGAAAUUGCCUCCCUAAAAGGGGAUAUUUAUAACUUUCGGCUUUGGAAUUUUACCAUGAAUUCGAAGAUCCUCUCCAACCUCAGCUGCAAUGUGAAAGGGAACGUGGUUGACUGGCAGAAUGACUUUUGGAACAUCCCAACCCUCGCUCUGAAAGCUGAAAGCAACCUAAGCUGUGGUUCCUACCUGAUUCCGCUCCCGGCAGCAGAACUAGCCAACUGUGCAGAACUGGGGACCCUCUGUCAAGCUACUGUAAACUCUGCUAGUACUACACCACCCACUGUCACCACUAACAUGCCUGUUACUAAUACAGUCGAUAAUCAAAUGAAUGAUGGAAUUAUAUAUAGAAUAUCCAUAGUGAUUCAAAAUAUCCUUCGUCACCCUGAGGUCAAGGUACAGAGCAAGGUGGCAGAAUGGCUCAAUUCAACCUUCCAGAAUUGGAACUACACUGUUUAUGUGGUUAAUAUCAGUUUUCACCUGAGCACGGGAGAGGACAAGAUUAAAGUCAAAAGAAGCAUUGUGAAUGAUCAAAGAUUGAUGAUUUGGGCCCUUCUAGUUUACAAUGCUACCAAUAAUGCCAACUUAGAAGGAAAAACCAUUCAACAGAAACUUUUAAAAAAUAAUGAGUCCCUGAAUGAGGGCCUGAGGCUCUACACGGUGAAUGUGAGGCAACUGGGUAUUUGUGCUGCGGUGGAGGAACCCACAGGCUUUUACUGGCCAGCUAUCCCACCUUCUGAGUACAGCCAUCCGUGUCCAGACAAGCCUGGCUUUUCUGUUACACGGAUAUGUUACCGCAAUCCUUCCAACACUUCAUUAGCCGAGUGGGGGCCCCUCGAUUUAUCCAACUGUACAAAGGAAGUAAAUGAAGUUGCUAAUCAGAUUUUAAAUUUAACUGCUGAUGCCCAGAACUUAACCUCAGCCAAUAUCACCAACAUUGUAGAACUGGUCAAAAGAAUUGUGAAUAGUGAAGAAAACAUUGAUUUAACACUCGGCUCGACUCUAAUGAAUAUAUUUUCUAAUAUCUUAAGCAGUUCAGAUAGUGACUUGCUUGAAUCUUCUUCUGAGGCUUUAAAAACAAUUGAUGAAUUGGCCUUUAAGAUAGACCUAAGUAGCACCCCGCAUGUGAAUAUUGCGACUCGGAAUUUGGCUCUUGGAAUAUCGUCCCUGAACCCAGAGACGAAUGCAAUUUCAAAUUUUAGCAUUGGUCUUCCAAGCAAUAAUGAAUCAUAUUUCCAGAUGGAUUUUGAGAGUGAACAAGUGGAUCCACUGGCUUCUGUCAUUUUGCCUCCAAACUUACUUGAAAACUUAAGUCAAGAAGAUUCUGUAUUAGUUAGAAGAGCACAGUUUACUUUCUUCAACAAAACUGGACUUUUCCAGGAUGUGGGACCCCAAAAAAAAACCUUAGUGAGUUAUGUGAUGGCAUGCAGUAUUGGAAACAUUACUAUCCAGGAUCUAAAGGACCCCGUUCAAAUUAAAAUCAAACAUACAAGAACUCAGGAAGUGCAUCGUCCCAUCUGUGCCUUCUGGGAUUUGAACAAAAACAAAAGUCUUGGAGGAUGGAACACGUCAGGGUGCAUUGCGCACAACGAUUCAGAUGCAAGCGAGACCAUCUGCCUGUGUAACCACUUCACACACUUCGGAGUCCUGAUGGACCUUCCAAGAAGCGCCUCACAGAUCGACGCAAGAAACACGAAGGUCCUCACGUUCAUCACCUACAUCGGCUGUGGAGUAUCUUCCAUCUUUUCAGCGGCAACCCUGCUGACAUAUGUUGCUUUUGAAAAACUGCGAAGGGAUUAUCCCUCCAAGAUCCUGAUGAACCUGAGCACAGCCCUGCUGUUCCUGAACCUGACCUUCCUCCUGGAUGGCUGGGUCACCUCCUUCGGCAUGAAGGGACUCUGUGUUGCAGUGGCUGCUCUCCUCCACUUCUUCCUUCUGGCAACCUUUACCUGGAUGGGGCUGGAAGCCAUUCACAUGUACAUUGCUUUAGUGAAAGUAUUCAACACUUAUAUUCGCCGGUAUAUUCUAAAAUUCUGCAUCAUAGGCUGGGGUUUACCUGCCUUGGUGGUGUCCAUUAUUCUGGCAAGCAAAAAUCAAAAUGAAGUCUAUGGAAAAGAAAGCUACGGGAAAGAGCAAGGUGAUGAAUUCUGUUGGAUUCAGGACCCAGUGGUGUUUUAUGUGGCCUGUGCCGGGUAUUUUGGAGUCAUGUUUUUCCUCAACGUCGCCAUGUUCAUUGUGGUGAUGGUGCAGAUCUGUGGGAGGAAUGGCAAGAGAAGCAACCGGACCCUGAGAGAAGAGGUUUUGAGGAACCUGCGCAGCGUGGUCAGCCUGACCUUCCUGCUGGGCAUGACUUGGGGUUUUGCUUUCUUUGCCUGGGGACCCUUAAAUAUAGCUUUCAUGUACCUCUUCUCCAUCUUCAACUCACUACAAGGAUUAUUUAUUUUUAUCUUCCACUGUGCAAUGAAGGAGAAUGUCCAGAAGCAGUGGAGACGACAUCUCUGUUGUGGCCGAUUCCGAUUAGCAGAUAAUUCAGAUUGGAGCAAGACAGCUACCAAUAUCAUCAAGAAAAGCUCUGACAAUCUAGGAAAAUCUUUGUCUUCAAGUUCCAUUGGUUCUAACUCAACCUAUCUUACAUCCAAAUCUAAAUCCAGCUCUACCACCUAUUUCAAAAGGAACAGCCACACCGACAGUGCUUCCAUGGACAAGUCCUUGUCAAAACUGACCCAUGCUGAUGGAGAACAAACAUCAAUCAUCCCUGUCCAUCAGGUCAUUGAUAAGGUCAAGGGUUAUUGCAGUGCUCGUUCAGAUAACUUCUAUAAAAACAUCAUCAUGUCAGACACCUUCAGCCACAGCACAAAAUUUUAAUGUCUUUAAUAUAAGAAAAAGGAAAAUCAGUUUCCAGAAGUGUGAAGAUCUGCAUGCAGUGUAAACCAUGACUAGCAGAUAUAAAUGUGCUAUUACCUAGGUAACUGCAUACAGAUGAGGGGUGUGCUUUGUUAAGAAGGCUUUUGUGAAAUUUACAAUUCAUCAUUUCAGUAUAUUUCUUCCAAGGGGGACUUUCCAUAAUCAGUGAACUUCAGUACUGAGAGCAAUAUGACUCAGUAAGCCAGGGAGAUAUUAUUUUUUGAAUGUAUGAUUGAAUCAAACUAAUCAGAACUCAGGGGAAGGUACUAAAAUUAGACAACAGGGGAGGGAACAAAGCCAAGGACAAACUCUAGUUUAGAUUCAUCUACCAACCUCCUGGUGAGGCCUGGAUGUAGCCAUUUUUAUAUCACCUUUCUCAACAAUCAGAAGUAUAAUAAUAUUUGUAACAGUUUUGGAUGCCAACAGAUUUCUUCCAGAGCUACUUUCUGUGAAUGCAUCAGCAUUUUUUUUCUUUUUCAAUGAAAU